CAGGCCGACCGGUGCCCGCGCAAGACGUCUCUCUGCCCACGAGCCGCCGGUGCGGCGCCGAACACGCGCGCGAGGAGGAUACACGCGCCGCGCGAGGUGCACGUCAACGAGAGUGUCGCGGUGGUCGAGUGCACACAAGAGUGUGUGAGUGUGUGUGUGUGUUUGUGACCGUGUGUUAUUGUGAUUUGUGCGAAAGAGAAGUUGUUGCAGUGUUUUUAUUUUGGUGUGCGGUGCCUUUUUGGAGAAGUGACCACUCGAUGGAGAAUACCCUCGUGCUCAAAGGAUAGCGAGACCCCUGCCGGAUGUUAACUCGGGACCAGUGACUGCGGCAGUGACAGAGGGAGGGCGUCGCCUUGGACUUCCCCGUGCACGCACACGGGACACCCGCGAGGGCUCCCCGCCGGAGCCGCGCCCAAGGGGGACAUCAUUGCACCGUGAUGCGGGGCCUGUGGGUGGCCGUGCUGCUGCUGGGCCUGGUCGGCCCCGGCCUGCACCACGCCGAGCCCCAGGAGGGGCCCGCCGCGUGGCCGGGCCUGGAGGGCCUGGAGGCCGCGAGCUUGGAGGGUGCCGGCGUCAGCGCCCUGCACCGCGAAUACGACAAGGGAUGGCGACAACGGGUCGGCUCCGCGGCCGCCGAGCCUGCUGCUGACGACGAGGAUGCCGCCGAGGGGGACGCCGGCGGCCAUGGCCCGGGGAAGCCCGUGGACCAGGACUCGGCCUUCGAGGACGCGUUGCCACCAAAGCGUAGGCGCUACAACCGGAAGCGCCCUCGGCCCGGGCAAGGCGCACCCCAGGAGGACGCCGACGGCGAGGCACCAGCCAAGCGGAGGAAGCCGCUUCGGGAGGACGACGAGGACGCCCUUGGGGACGAGUACCGUCGGCGCAAGCCGGGGCAGCGACGGCGCCGUCCUCAGCGCCCCGAUGCCGACCCCGCGGCCGACGCGGAGGUCGGCGACGAGGAGCAGCAGCCACCCAACCCAAACGCAGAGCAGGGAGGGGCGGCGGCGCCGGUGGACCUCAAGGCGCUCCUCAAACAGACGGCCGGCCACCUGAGCCUCAGCGAGCUGUUGCAGAACAGGAACCUGUCCCUGUCCGACCUGCUCAAGGGUAACCGCGGCGCGCUGUCCGCCCUCACGGCGCAGCAGACCGCGGCAGAGCAGGCCGUCGCCCCGACUGCCGCCACCGGCGCGACCACGACCAGCACCUCCACCACGGCGGCCUCGGACACGACGGACAGGGACCCGGUGCCGCCGUCGACCGAGCGCCACAAUGGCUUCGUGCCGUCCAAGCCGCGCCGGCUGCCGCCCGUGGCCCGCCCCACCGUCGGGCUGAGUACGUCGACCUCCACGCGGCCUGUCUCCACGGAGGAGCCCGAGAUCACCACUUCGCGGCCGCGGAGGUUGCCCGCCGUGGUGGCGCGCGCCAAGGAGCAGCAGCACCAGAAGGAGCAACAGCAUCAGAAGGAGCAACAGCAUCAGAAGGAGCAACAGCAACAGCAGCAGCAUCAACAACAACACGUCCUCCAAGGCAAGGGGCACGCGGACGCGCUCGACCCCAUGAGCCCCGCCAUGAUGGCCAUGAUCACGCUCGAGGCCGCCGACACGCACACGUCCAAGCCGCGCCGCAUCCCGCCGCCCGCGGCCACCACCACCACCGCGCCCAGCCCCAGCCCGAGCGCCGAGACCAGCCCGCCCAACAGCAGAGCGCCGCAGGAGGCCGAGGACGCCGCCACCUCGCCCAUGACCACGCUGCCACCGCGCGAGUUCUACCCGCUCAACGUGGACUCGCUCGAGAUCACCACCCCGCGGCUGAUGGGCGUGUCCAAGGCGUCGCACAACGGCAAGGCCCAGUGGCUGCCGCCUGCGGACCGCAUCAUCGACGCGCAGGUCUUCUCGCCGGGCUCCAUCGCCAACAAGUUCAGGUCGCACGGCUUCGCGGCGAGCGCCGAGCAGGCUGAGCCCGCCGUCACCACCACUACCACCACGACUUCCACCUCCUCGACGACAACCACGACGGCUACUGCACCGACCCCGACGGCGCCGAGCCACAACACGCUGCAAAACACCUCCGACCACUUCCGGCUGGAGAACGAGACGCUCGACCUCAAGGAGGGCAGCAACGCCCUGGACAAGAGAAAGAUCGCGACGGCGCCCGGGGGAAACGGCGUCAACGUCACGUCCGCGCCGCAGCAGCAGGCCAACGCCGUCAACGAGCUGGACCGGGAGCAGGAGAAGGCCGAGAAGCGCAAGACGUUCGCCACCACCCCGGCCGGGCCCCGGCGCCUGCCGCCCACGCUGGCAGGGACGCGGCGCCUGCCCGCCCCCAACCCGGCCCUCGUCCGCCCAAAGAGCACAACGGAGGCCCCGGCACCCGUGCGCGAGACGCCAGCCGAGCGCGUCCGUAUCCCCUUCCUGGGCACCAAGAGGCUCAAGGACAAGGAGAGAGAAAAGGAGCGAGAGCGGGAGCUGGAGCGCGAGCGGGAGCUGGAGCGCGAGCGGGAGCGAGAGCGAGAUCGAGACUCCCUGCUGCCGCCCACUCGCUUCGCGCUGCCGCUCCCAGAGGUCAUCUCCGUCGAGAAGAUGAUCGCAGACGCGAGGAGCCGCGGCGCGUUCGGAAGCUCGGCCCCCUCGUCGUCCGAGCGGCCCUCGGCGGAGGACUCGGAAGACACGACUACCACCACGUCCACGACGGCGGUCACGACCACCACCUUCGGCUCGCGCGACGAGAUCGUGGACCUGCUCAAGUCGGAGCAGAGCUCCACGCGCCUCGCGCGCAUCCUGGCCGAGCGCAACAUGACCCUGGAGGACCUCCUGCAGCACCGCGAGCGCGGCUCUAGCCAGCUGCACUUCGCCGACUUCUUCCGCAACGCGUCCGCGAGCAGCGCCGCCGACGACAAGCCGGCCGUGGACCUCGUCCCCAAGGAGAUCGCACCGGCAGAGCGCAAGGAGAGCGUCAACAUUCUGCGCACGUUCCACGAGGUGCCCAAGUAUCCGUUCGCCUACGCCGGCACCGACGACUCCGAGGAGGCGGCGUCUACGCUGUCGCUCGUCAACGUGAAGCCGGCCGGCAUCGUGCUGCCCGCCGAUCCGGGCGAGCGCUACCACCAGCGCGAUGUGGGUCCGAGCCGCGCGCCGCGGGUCAUUCCACCACAGCAGCCGCCCCCGCCUCCACCCCCGCCGCCCCCACAGCCGUUCCCCAUCCCGACGUUCCGUCUCCCCGAGCCCCCGGCGCACGGCGGCAACCCGUACCUCGUCAUCAAGCACGUCGCCGACAGGCCCGACGCCGUGGUGCUGGAGCACGUCGGCGAGAUCCACCAGGUGGGCGUGAGCAGCAGCGUGGAGGAGGCCAUCGUGGUGGACAGCGGGGAGCAGGUCCGCGACCGAGACCGCCCCGACAGGCUGGACCGGAUGUCGCUGCCGUCGGGCGUCAAGUCGGCCAUCAUCGCCAGCACCGUCAUCUGCGGCCUGGCCAUCGUCGGCUUCCUCGCCAUCUUCAUCGUGUUCCGCUGGCGCCAGAAGCGCGCCCUGGUGCGCGCGCGCGGCGCCAUCCUGUGCGAGCAGCUGCAGCGCGGCAGCUUCCGGGGCCGCUCGCUCAGCCCGGUGCUCGUCAACGUCAAGAACAGCCAGGUGCAGCCCAUGCAGGGCCACCCGGGGGGCGGCGGCCCGCUCCCGUACUACUCCAAGAAGGACCUCAGCUCGAGGGCCACCUCCAACACGGCGUCCAACAGGCACUACUACCUGUGGCGGUCCCUCCGAAAGACAUUCCAGGAGGACGACAUGGAGUAGGGGGAGGAGCAGAGAAAUCAAAAAGUAUGAAGAGGAGCGCGCGGGUCCAGUGUUGCAGCAUAUGCACUCGAGCUCAGCGCUUUGCCAUCGGGUGCAAUGCAAGAGAGGGGAGUGUACAAAACUAAACCCUGCAAGG